AUGUCUCUUUUUUUUCUUAUUUCUCUCUCGCUUCGACUCCAUGUUAUUUUUCUAAGCUUUUAUCUUUUCCCGCCGUCUUUUGUUUUCUCUUCACAGACGCCAUCUUUACUUCAAAGCUCACGUCGCUUUCUUCCCGUCACUUUUGGACUCUCCUUCUUUCCGUCUCCUUUCUUGCUCUCCUUCUUUCUCGUCUCCUUUCUUGCUCUCCUUCUUUCUUGUCUCCUUUCUUGCUCUCCUUCUUUCUUGUCUCCUUUCUUGCUCUCCUUCAUUCUUGCUCUCCUUUCUUGCUCGCCUCCUUUCUUGCUCGCCUCCUUUCUUGCUCUCCUUCUUUCUUGUCUCCUUUCUUGCUCUCCUUCUUUCUUGUCUCCUUUCUUGCUCUCCUUCUUUCUCGCCUCCUUUCUUGCUCUCCUUCUUUUUUGCUCGUCUCCUUUCUUGCUCUCCUUCUUUCUCGUCUACUUUCUUGCUCUCCUCUUUCUUUUCCCAUUUCUCUUAUGCCGCCAUUCUAUUUUUUUUAAGUGCACAACCUCGAUAUUAUGCCGGUUUACUCUCUCUCUCUCUCUCUCUCACCUCUCUCUGUUUCUUCCAUUCGCUCUCCUUUCUCCCUUUUGUCUUUUUCUCUCUCUUUCUCCUUUUCUCUCACUUUUCUCUCUUUUUCUUUUUCUCUCUCACUCGCUUUCUCCCUUUUCUCUCGCUUUUUCUAUCCAGGCAGAUUAUGCGCUCUUACUCUCUGUCUCCUCUCUCUUUCUCUCUCUCUCAUAA